AUGUCAGCAUUGCCCGGGCCGCCAGGCCUUCCCAUCAUUGGCAACCUGACCCAAAUGAUGGGCUACAAAAGGCCCCAGACCCACAUCCAGUGGACAAAGUGGGCCAAGCAGUACGGCCCCCUUUACAGGGUGAAGAUGCCAGGCAGCACAUUUGUGGUUGUGGCGGAUCCUGCCCUGCUGCCCACAGUUCUGGGCCGCCCAGGGCUGCCCAAAUCGCGCGUCUACGAGCUGGGAUUCUUUCUGGCGACGAGGACGUCCCAUGACACAAUGUUCAGCAUCCGCCACACCAACGACCCCAUGUGGAAGGCCACGCGCAAGACCCUGGCUCUGGCCUUCAACCCAGACGCCAUCAGGAGCAAGAUGCCGAUGGUGGUGCAGCAGUCGCUGGGCCUGGCCGAGCGGCUGCGCGCAUUCGGCCCCGGCCGAGACAUCGAGGUGCAGGACGCGAUGGCGCGAGUGACGCUGGACGUCAUUCUGACGACCGGCUUUGAUCUGCCCUCCAAUGCCGUCGACCUGGACUCGCCGUGCCCCCUGCUGGAAGACAUGCACUUCCUCAUGGCCGAGACCUUCCGGAAGAAUGCAGCGGAUGCCAAGGCUCUGGAGAUAGAGUACCUGGAAAGCGAGCUGGGAGCCCUGGCCGAGAAAGAUCCAGCCACUAUUGGCCGGGGCUUUACCAACCCGUUCCGCAAGCUGUACCGCAAGCUAGCGCCCAAUUCCCCUCUGGCAAAAGAGUUCAGUGUCCGCCUGGCCAACCUGCACUCCAUUUGGCACCAGAUCAUGACCGAUGCGAGGGGGGAUGUGGCAGACGAUGACGUGUCGCUGUGGGGCUGCCUGGCCAAAGUGCGCGAUCACAAAACAGGCAAGGCGCUGUCGGGGGAUCUACUGCAGGCUGAGGUGGCGGGCAUCAUCCUGGGCGGCCUCGACACCAGCGCACAAACCUGCGCAUUCACCCUGGCGCUGCUGGCGGCUCAUCCGGAGCAGGAAAAGGCGCUGGCGGCUGAGCUAGAUGCGGCCGGGCUGCUGCUAACGCCCGCCAACCCCUCUCCGCGCCCCAUGGCCUUCUCAGACCUGCCACGUCUCACCUACCUCGACGGGGUCAUCAAGGAGAGCCUGCGCAUGUUCCCGGUGGCCGCCACGGGCCUCAGCAGAUGCACAGAUGAGGUCACAGUCCUCGGCGGCUAUCUCAUCCCUGCCGGGACUGAAGUUCAAGUGCCCAUCUACACGCUGCACAUGAUGACAUUCCCUGAGCCGGAGCGCUUCAUGCCCGAGCGCUGGGCCACCAUCAAAGCGGCAAGUGAGCCCGCAGCCACCAAGGUGCACGUGCAGGCCGGUGACAUCACGGCGCGGGACACGGCGGCCCCCAAGUGGACGGCGGCCAGUGCAGCGCGCGAAGCGACCGGCGGCGAGAAGCCGGCGCCGACUUUCAUCCCAUUCUCUGGCGGCCCGCGCGACUGCCUCGGCCAGCGACUGGCAAUGAUGGAGGUGGCAACGAUCCUUGGGACCCUGAUAGGCCGCUUUACAGUGGAGCUGUCACCGCGCAUGGACGGCUACAAGGGCCUGCUGGAGAGGCAGACCAUCGCCUUCACCCUGGCUGUGGAUGACGGCUUGUGGAUCAACUUCAAGCCACGACUCGGCUGGAUCUGA